AAUCACCAACAGAAGAAGCAGACAACGAAGAAGAAGAAGAAAAAGAAGGUUAACGGUCUAGGGUUUCUAUUUAUUUUUAUAUAUCACCACCAUAUUCUUCACAAGAUAUGUUAUAACAAGAACAAGUAACUCGAGCUGUUUGCCUUUCUGAGCAUCAUGGCUGCUCAGAGAGCACUCCCUCAGAGCAAAGAGACUCUGCUGCAGAACUACAACAAGAGGCUAAAAGACGACAUCAAGUCCAUCAUGGACAACUUCACAGAAAUGAUCAAAACAGCAAAGAUAGAGGAUGAGACUCAGGUUUCCCGAGCAGCCCAAGCAGAGCAGGACCAUUAUGAGAUGCACGUAAGAGCAGCCAACAUUGUUCGUGCUGGUGAAUCCCUCAUGAAACUGGUUUCAGAUUUGAAACAGUUCCUUAUUCUCAACGACUUUCCAUCUGUGAACGAUGCCAUUAGUCUCCAGAACCAGCAGCUCCGGGCACUGCAAGAGGAGUGUGACAAAAAGCUCACGUCGCUCCGGGAUGAGAUCGCCGUCGACUUGUAUGAGCUUGAGGAAGAAUAUUACUCCUCCAGGUACAAGUAGGCUCAUACCUGCCCCCAUCCCACUACUCUUCUGUUCUCCCAUGCCCAGCACUUGUGUACUGUAUCACAUUUUAUUUUUCACAGCUGAAAUGAGGAAGGGGUCUAGCUGCCGCAUCUAAACCUGACAAUUUUUUUUGUAUUUCAUGGUCUCAAUCAAACAGAACUGUGCAUCAACACAAACUGUUGCAGAAAGUCAUUGUGAUGGCCCUCAGUUUACUAAAUGCUUUUACAUUGCUACAGUUUUACAAGUGCCUUGACUUUUUCCUGCUGCAUUCUUUCUUCACAAUUGGUCAAAGCAAAAAUAUUAAAAGGACCAUACCAGUAAAUAUCUGCUGUGUCGGUGCAUGCAGCUUUUGAAUUACAAGUCAACGUGCAAUUUGGGGAAUAAAAUGCAGUUUACUGUUGCAGUAUGUAGGUUUUUUUUUGUUAACUAGGAUUCAUUUUCUAAACUUUGAACCAAAGGCAUUGAUGUGACUUUACUGAAGGUUUUUAUCUCAAUGGUGAGCAGGCCAUUAGUUUUCUGCUCUGCAGCAACCAAUGAACAUUAGAUAUUUUAACAAUAGGUACAUGGCAGAGAUUCAUGUUUUAAUGAAAUGUCAGAAAUGUUGCCUCCUUGUCUGUUUACAACAGCAAGUUUUUACAUGUAAAUAAUAAUAAUGAACUUUAAUCAAUUGGCUGUUUUAAUUAUGGCUGACUGUUUCUAAGAAUUACAACACAAAGAUUUGCAUGAAACAAAAAACAUAAUUUAAAACUAUUAGAAUAAUUUCUCAUGUAUAAUGUUAUCAAGACCAUAUGUAACAUUUAAACACGAAAUAUAAUGGGCUUUAUAAAAGAUUUUAGGAAAAGAUUGUAUAAUUCAACUUUUUGCUGUUAUUUAUUUGUUAUGUAACAAAUCUAAAGCUGCUAAGAGUUUUGAAAGUAGUUUUCUGUAAAGUUGACUUAAUUUUGUUCUUUCCGUCCGAAAAAAAAAACGCAACCUGUAACCAUGAAAGUGGAGUCAGUCACGCAUGGUGCAGUUGUACGUUUGUGUCGGCUGUUUCAGUAAACCCAGGAUGAUUGAGAAAUAAAGCAGAGACAAAAUG